AGAAAAAUUAUCUGCAAGGUUUUACAGUACUAUCGAUUCCAUUUCACCAUAAAAGUGUGAUCUCUUCAGCCACGUUUUUGCUUCAUAGUUUAAACAGAUCGUUUGUGGCGCUCAGGCAGUGCAUUCCUGUGCACAUUCUGUAAGCUUAAAAACGAUCAUGGCAAAAAAAAAAUUUCAUCCUAAUCAACGUGCUUAUUCAACAAUAGCCAGCCAUACCAUUGACCACUAAGAUCAAGCUUGAAGCUAAGGCAUCAAAAGUCAGAAGUCUGCCAGAGGUGCUGCUCCUAACAUACGCUGGUGCAAGCGCUAAGGAUGUCCUGGCGAUCCCUAACAUCGAUGGAUGUACGUACCACUUCGUAAAGUUCAUUAAUCUUCACUUAAGCUUGUCGGUUGACGAACGAUAUAGUGGAAGACGCAACUUUUUUUAGGAAACUACACCGCCCCAUCAGGUUUGACACUGAGCUCGAACCAUGUCACAUAAUGAAAUUGUGCGACCUACGGGUUGUGGUCGUGCUAUAGCUGCAACCAUUUGAAUCAGGGAGCACAGAAGCGCGCGCAAAAUUACUUGAGCGCACUAUAAUCAAGGCGCCUUAUCCACUCGCGAAUAUAAACUUGUUUUUGCCACCGAGGAAGGGUCGAAUGAGGAGAUGGAUGCACACAGCUCCCACCUUAAGAUCGUUAAUGGCUCAAAUAGGCAGAAGGUGGCUGUAUCAGCUUUUUUUUUGCAGAUAUCGAUGACUUGUCUUUACUAUAGAGGAUGGCAAAUCCAAAGCACGAAAGUCUUCUCGUUAUGAUCGCGUUAAAGCUAAGUCUACCUCGAACGACUCUGUCAUCUUACGAACGCCACCUCAUUAAAAUGCUUGGAGUAAAGUUGAAGUUUCUCAGUGCUUUACUUUCACCGCACAAGAUUUCAAUUGAAAAAUUUUCAGAGCCUUCAAAAGAAAACGAAGACAGGGGUGAGCCAUAUUCGGUUUGGAAGAAUCUUGCGUAUGCUCCAGAACAACAUGUCAUAGGCUCAGGUCGAGACCUUGAGUCCCACUACAUACAUUUAUAUCCUUAAAGAUUGAAGAUGUUCAGUUGAUCAAAUCCAU